AUGUCUACGGGCCGGUCCUUCUCUUUGGGCGUUGGCAACGGGGAACCUGAAACUGAGAAGACCUCGGGGGAGACCGAGAACACUUAUAUUUUGCGGCCCAUUUUCCAGCAAAGGUUCAGACCUUCUGUGGUUAAGGACUGUAUCCAUGCUGUGCUCAAGGAAGAACUGGCAAAUGCUGACUACAUCCCAGAAGAAAUGCCUCAGCUCACAAAGCAUUUAUCAGAAAUCAUUAAAGAUAAAUUAAAAGGAAUGGGAUUUGACCGAUAUAAAAUGGUGGUGCAAGUAGUGAUUGGAGAACAAAGAGGUGAAGGAGUAUUCAUGGCGGCUCGCUGUUUCUGGGAUGCUGAUACUGACAACUACAUUCAUGAUGUUUUCAUGAAUGAGAGUUUAUUCUGUGUUGUUGCGGCAUUUGGAUGUUUCUACUAUUGAAUCUUUGAAAAGCUGGGAAAAGAUGACCAUGAAGAUAUAUGAACUUUUUUAUAUUAUUAAAUAUCUUAAUAAAAUAAAAAUAAGUUGGCUGUUUUGCAAUUG